AUGCAUUUGCCCAGCAACACAAGCAAAAUCAGUGUCGGGGAUCUGCAGCAGUGGCUCGGCAAGGCGCGGCAUCUGGCCACCUCGACCGUCGUUGCGAGUUUGAUGACGCAGCUGCGCAUGGCCCUGGCGUUUAUGCAUAGCAAGGGCCUGGUGCAUCGGGAUGUCAAGCUGAGCAAUGUGAUGCUGGACGGUGACGAGGACCAACCUGUUGUGCGGCUCGGCGAUUUCGACAUUACCAAGGCGGCUGCCGAAGCCACUAUGCUACCAUGCACAGCCACUGCGUCGUUGGGCACGACUGGCUAUGUAGCACCGGAGGUGCUUUUCGGCCAGGGUCGUGUAGGUGCACGACCGGCACAGGAUGUCUUUUCCUUUGGCUGUGUGCUAUACAACACCUACAUGUUUCCACAGACGGUGCCACCUGCUCGUUUACCCACGGACCAGCUUGCCGACCAAUGCACAUGGGAUGCAGGGGCAGGAGGUGCAGAAUGCAGUUUUCCGCACUUGGCGGCUGAGAUGUGCAAUUCGACGAGCGAGUUGUACAAGGAAACACGGGCCUUGCUUGCAACAGAUCCAAAGCAGCGGCCAAAUCUCUUCAGCGCCGGGCAAAGAGUGCAGCGACCUGUCACGACUCAAGUUGUUGGGCCAGCUAUCGACGUUUUGCGCGACGCACCCGAGCUCAUCCCAGAGCCGACUGAUUUGACCCCAUUGUGUACCAAGGUGGUUGAGCUGCUACAGCAGCUGAGUGCUGACGGGCGAGGGCCAAGCAACAUUGCAGUGCGGCGGGUGGAGCGUGUGCAGAACCCCGUGCUGUGGGAACGGUACAGCGCCAAGCGAUGGGAGAUGCUGCACCGCAUUACAAGUCAGGAGCACUAUGAUCAACUUCAUACGGCCACAGUAGAUGCGCUCUCGGGCUGUCCAGCUUUGCUUCGAGAUACACCCUGUCAAGAGCGCUUGUUGCUUCACGGCAUCGCCCCUGACACAAUGUUGCGCGACAAGAUUGUGCGCCUGGGCUUUGACUAUCGUUUCGCUGGUCGCAGCUCAGGCCACAAUUAUGGACUUGGUGUUUACUUGGCCAAUCAUCCCGGCAAGAGUCACCAAUAUGCGAGGUCCGGAGCAAACGGCGAGCGCUUGCUCAUUAUUACGCGAGCUCUGUUGGGCCGUGCCUAUGUCCAUCCUUCGCCUCCGUUCGGGGCGCUGGCUCCCCCGCUGCUGCCCGAUGCACCCAACAACGAGCGAUUUGAUUCUGUCAUUGCUACACCGCAAGUAACGUUUCGCGAGGUGAUAAUGUUCGACAACGCCCAGAUUUACCCCGAACUAGUCGUCUACUACACUGCCUAG